GAGUGUUGAGAAAACACGUGAAGGAGGAAGAAAGACACAUAAGAGACAUGGAAGAAAAAGUGAGAGAGCAGGAGACAAUGUUGAAAGAAAAAGUAAAGGAGAACAAAAGACAGAUAAGGGCGAUGGAAGGGAAAGUGAGAGAGUCUGAAAGAGUGUUGAGGAAACACGUGAAGGGGGAAGAAAGAUUGAUACAAGAGGGGGAAGAGAAAGCGACAGAGCAGGAGAGACUGUUGAGAGCAAAGGCAAAGGAGGAAGAAAGAGGGAUGAGGGAAAUGGCAGAGAAAGUGAGAGAGAAAGAGAGAAUGCUAAGAGAGAUGCAGAAAACAGCAAAGGAAGAAGACAUGAAAAUAAACAAGAUAAAAGAAAAAGCCAGCGAGCAGACGAGAAUCUUAGGAGAGCUGGAGAGAACAGCGAAAGGCCAGGAAACAAAAAUGAGAGAAAGGGAAGAGAAAGUGAGCGAGGAGGAGCAAAUGUUGAGAGAGAAAGUGAAGGAAGGAGAAAGAUGCAGAGAAGCAGAAGAACAAGUGACAGAGCAGGAGAGAAUGAGAGAAAUGAAGGAAAAAGCGAUGGAGGAAGAAAGAAAAAUGAGGGACAUGGAAGAGAAAGCAAGAGAUCGGGAGUCAAUUUUGAGAGAGGCAGAGCAAAAAGGGAGGGAAAAAGAACAGAGAAAAGAAAUGGAAGUAGAAGUGCGAGAACAUGAGAGAAUGUUGAGAGGAAAAGUUAAGGAGACAGAAAGAGAGACGAGCGAGAUGAUGGAAAAAGCGAGAGAGCAGGAGAGAAUUCAACUAGAGAUGGAGAGACAACCAAAGGAGGAAGAGAGACGAAUGAAGGAGAUGGUAGAAGCAGCAAUAGAACGGAGGAGAAAACUGAGAGAGAUGAAGAAUAUAGCAGAGAAGGAAAGAGAAAUGAAGGUAGAGAAAGCGAGAGAGCAGGAGCGGACUAUGGAGUCCGAGGACUAUGAAAGAGAGAGCGACACAUACACAUACACAGACUCAGACAAUUCUUGGAUGGAUGAGGAGAAGGAGAAGGAAGCAGUCAAGAGACGAGAACAAAUGGAUGAGAGGAGACUAGGACAAGAAGAAGUGGCAAAGCUUAGAGAGAAGAUCUCAUUGGCGGUCCAAAGGGAAGAUCCACUAAUAGCUUACAGGAGAAAGAGAGAGGAGGAAAGGGCAAAGGUGAGAGAGAGGAAGGAGAAGAAAAGCAAGAGAAAGAGCAGGGAGAUGAAGGCAAAAGCUGAAGAAGAGGAAAGGAAAAGGAGAGAGAUGGAAGAGGAGGAUUGA